AUGAACAUCGUAAACUGGGAUAACAAGAAAAUGUUGCGAGCUUUGCUCAUGGAGCACAUCACAAAGCAUACUAAGAAUGCAUUCGAAGCAGUGCUUGCCACCCUGGAAAAGAAUUCGCCUCAGGAAAAUGAGUAUCUUGUGGAGUUGGCUAUCGAAGAUGGUAGCUGGUCAACUGUUCUACAAUUGCUUAAGAGCGUAUAUCUCAAGCUGGUCCCCAAGGGCACACUUUUAAAAACAAUGAUUAAGCAGGUGAAAUUGAAGCCGCUGAUCAAUUACCUGGAGAGCAACGAAUACCAGGAAUGUUUGCUGCAAUUGCUUAAGGUUCAGCGGCAGUAUAUAAACUACUUCGAUGAUCAGCACAAGACGCCUUUGCAUUAUGCGGUGCUCUGUCGCAAUGAGAUUGCCAUAAGAGUGCUCUUGAGGGAGGGCGCCAGAUUGGGAGUGCGCAAUUGCAAGAAUCGCUUGUUGAUCGAGGAUAUCGAUGCCAAGCUUCUGGAGGAGCAUUUCGAUUACUGCAUCACUGGGCGAGGCGAAAAGACCAGCCACGAGGAUUACGAGAUCAUCAUGAACUGUCUGAAUAUGACCAACAAGUACAACGAACUUGAUAUUGCUCCCAUUGCCUGCAUGGCUCGGUCGAAGGAGCUGUGUCCGCUGUUGGAGCAUCCGUUGAUCACCUGCUUUCUAAAGCUGAAGUGGAGUCGACUCACCACCAUCUUUUUCACCCACUUUAUCAUCUAUAUCAUCUUAAGUUUGAUCUUGUGGGUCCAUAUUCGCUUGCGAUUCCCUGACCGUCAUAACAACGAGCUUCCUAUACAGAUAGUUAUGAUUCUGUUCAGAGUGCUGAUUGGUUAUGUUUUUAUUGCUGAAGCCUUCUCUUAUAAGAUGGUCAAGCAUCGACCCAGUUUCAUAGAUUUCCCUUUAAUUUCUAUGCUAAUCCUCACAAACAUCGAGUGGGAAGACCAUAUCCAGAUUCAAAGGAUUAUUGCUGUCUUCGCCAUCAUGUUGAUGGGCAUCAAGCUGAUGAAUCUUAUUGGUGCCCUACCUGUGCCUGCCAUAUCGACGCACAUGCUCAUACUACGCCAGGUGGCCAGUACUUUCGCAAAGAGCUUGUUGCAGUACUCUAUGCUGUUGUACAGCUUCAGUUUGUGCUUCUAUGUGCUGUUUUCCAAACCGAGUUCUACGGAUUCAGCGAAUUCUACAAAUUCAGCGAAUUCUACAAAUUCAGCGAAUUCUACGGAUUUAGCGAACUCAACUAUUAAAGAGUUUAGUCUCUCUUAUUCGGAUCUGGAUUUAUCGUUUAUCAAGACACUUGUUAUGUUCAAUGGUGAAUAUGAUGAAAGCGGCUUUAAUGGAUAUUUCAGUAGUUUUGUGGUGAUCAUAUUCAUGUUUAUGGUCAUGGUCCUGACCAAUUUACUGGGUGGCCUGGCUGUUGACGAUACCCAGACUAUUCGGGCUCAAGUGGAACUCAAUGCUGCCAUUUGUCGAACAAAUCUGUUGUACAGCUAUGAAGGACUCUUAAGCGGGAAUUGGCCUCGAUUGAAACGUGGGCUUCGCAUCUUUAAGAAACUGAUGAGAAUCCAUGCAGAAUCUACCUAUGGCUAUGUAUCCAUAUUUCCAAACCAAGAGAAUCGGGCGGAGGUGUACAGUCAAAGGCAUAGAAAUCAGAGUAUUGAAAGUCUUGCGGAUGAAGGAGAUAAUGUCCUCUUAGGUAAAGUAUUUAUCGAUCAUGAAGAUGGUUCAAGCGGUUCCGAAUCUGAAAUGGAUGAGACGGAGGAUUUGAACCUCCAUUUCAAUAAAGAAGUGGAUGCCAAUGAAGUAACUUUCUCCCAGCCUUGUGUAUCGAAUAAACACCACUCUUACGAUAAUAUAACAAUUGACAAUCAGACUGUUGUCCGAGCUCUUAAAAUUAUUAAAGAAAAAGAAAAAAAAGAUGUUGAAGAACAACGCGAAGAGUUCAGAGAACAACGACUUGAGGAUAUGAGGAUGCUAUUGAAGGAGAUCAAAAACCAGUUGGACUCUAAGAAUCCAGCCAAAUGAGUACAUUAACAACAAUUUAUAAAAGCAAGUAUAUAAAGAUUUAUUAUUUUGUUCAUUUACUAUU